AAGAGAUGAUUCAUUCAGAUAGCAUUGCUGAUGAGGAAAGUGCAUUCCAAACGCCAGAGCACGACAACGAGACUGACUAUGGAUUAGAAUUUACCACUAGUCGUACUAGUCGUACCACUCGUAAAUGCUCAACGCUGCGCAAGAACUCUUCAGGAAACCGUGCUCAAAAGAUCACAAUAGAUAAUGUUAGCAGCGAUGAAGAAAACUUAUCACCGAUAGCAACCCCUCCUAGUAGGCAACGCCAACAAUCAUCAGUAUCCAACAAACAUAACCCAAAGCAGCCGCCAGCAACCGCAAAAUCAUCGAGACGCAAAAAAAAUGCUCCAGAGCAUCGUUUGAAAAAACUGCACCGUGAAAUUGAAUGUUUACAGAAGCACCAGGGCUUUUUGAUACCCCGAUUAGCAUUUUCACGCCUGUUACGUGAAAUUUUGAUACAACAUUCAAAAAUUCCAUUCAAAAUAACCACUGGCGCCCUAGAGGCUGUGCAGACCGCAACCGAGAUGUAUUUAACGCAACGCUUCCAAGAUGCUUACUUGCUAACGCAAUAUCGCAGUCGGGUCACUUUAGAGGUUCGCGACAUGGCAUUAGUCGCAUACUUCUGCAAAACCUACGGCAAUCUGUAAAAACAACUUUAAGAACUGA